GUGAUAAACAGGCACCUCGAGGCCGCCGUGAGAUCCUUUCGGGCUGCAUGGAACGACGACUCUAUUCUGGGGGAUGCGAAGGCUUACGUGUACAGCGUCGCCGUCCCCUACGUGAUGCACCCGGCGGUGGCGCUCAUGGGCUUGUACAACCUCGGGUUCCUUGCCGCGAACGGCAUCAAGGCGGGCGUGAGGUCGUCGGGGGCGAAGGUGACCAACUUCGGGUCCUUCUUCUACCACGGGAAGAAGACGGGGAAGUCCAAUUACACGGACUUUGUCUUCCAGCACGGGGAGGAGUUCGAAGUGGACGUCAACGACGCGGCAUGCAGGCUGAUCCACAACCCGCCUGCUCCGGCGGACGGCGUGCCUUCGGACCCCCCCACCACCACGGACAUCAGAUUCAAGAACGUGGGGCCCGAAGAGAUGAUGGCUCAAGCAGACCCGAAUAAGUUUGGGCGCGAGUGGUGGUCCGCCAUCCGGGCAGAGGCGGAGUUCGGGUACGAGAACCAGGCGGGGUACAACGACCUAUUCGACGAUGGCAUGGCCUCGAAGCUCUACCGCGACGCGUCGAAGAACUACGGGAAGGACGCGUUCGCUAACUGGAAGCGCCGGGUUCUCCAACGGCAAGAAGUUCGCACCAUGGGGUUCUACCACACUGGGCGCAUGAACUUCCAUGACGCGUACAAGCUCCUCUGCGAGGCCGAAGGACACCAUUCCAUGGCGUUGCUGGACCGGUAUUGCGCCAUGCCGCUGAUUCCGGAGAAUCCGCACGCGGACCCCCCGGACGGUUUCGAUCCCCCGGAGGUUGUCAAGAAGGCAGACGGGGAGUUGCAGCGCGACGCGCACGGAUUGUGGCGCAGGGACAAGCUGCCUGCCCCGAGGAAGGAAGUGCUUGACGGCAUGAGGGCGGUCAAGGAUUUCGUGGAGAGCAACCCCAACGCUGUGGCGCGCUUCACGCCCAAAGGUGCAGCUCUGUAUCGCCUGGUGGACAGCGUUAACUGGAGCGCGGCCGACCGUCUUCAGUACGUGGAUGAGGACAAAGCCGCCCGGCUUCGCCAGCUGCAGCGCUUCCUCUACGACUUCGCCAUUGCCCAGCUGCUGCUUGAAGUCCAGAAGGCUGCCUCCGGUCCCGCGGGCCCAGCGGGCGACGCAGCCGACGCUGGCGCGGCGGCUGCUCCGGGCGCGGUUGCCACUCGCCCCACGGUGAAGGACACGUUCGUCGACGAGCAGCACGUCCAGCGUGCAGUUUGCCACUUGGCUGCGAUCUGGGAGGGCCACGAGUCCUUCGUGAACCCGCGCCGCACCAUGUAUUUGGAAGAGAACGCGUGGCGCGGCACGUUGGCUGAGCAGCGAGAGGCGGCGGCGCGGGCCGCGGCGGAUGAGGGCGCCGAUGACGUGGAGGCCGAAGGCGUCGCGGGCGCCGAGAGCGGUCUCGAGUUGCCGGCGGGGUGGUCGCAGAAUGUGUGGAACGGCACUCCGCAUUAUUACCCCGACGCCGACGAGCGCGCGUGGCAGUAUGAGCACCCGUCCACCGUGCCGACCCCGCCUGUGCCGCGGAUCCCGCAGGGCGUCGACGAGUACGUCUUCGUGGGGAUAAUUGAUGCGGGCUUGAAGUCUCGCAUGAUCGCCGGAGUUGACGACGCGGAGGUUACGUGGGGCGGCGGCGACCUGAUCGCGGCCGCCUGCAAGAACACGCUCCUGUGGAAAUGCUCCACGGCAGAGAACCGCAUCACCGGCAACAUGGUUUCCGCCGCCAUCCGCGCGAGUCAGGUCGCUUGGCCGUCGUUGUCCUGGUGGAAGUCCGUCGUGGUCGAGGGCGAGCUCUUGCAUGCGUGGCUGGGCCGGAAGUCUGACCACAAUGCCGGCGGGGGGUUCUGGGAGAAGCCCAAAGUCCCGAUUGAUGAAGAAGAACUCACUGCCUUCGUGGACCAGUUGGCGCAAUGGGGAGUUGCCCUAGAGGAUUACGAGCGUGCUUGGGUCACCGGCGCGGCUGCUUCCGGCGCGGCGCCCGCGCGCAGGCCG